UUAGCAAUUCAAUCACGUUGUCUAGUAAUUCAAUGGAAAGAGAGUUUUCAUCUAAAACAAGCUCCUCAAAUCAAAGCCCCCUAAAGAUUAAAAAAAGGUUUAUCGAACUCCCACCCAGCUGGACGAUUUCUAGGAUGUAAAAUACACAAGCAAACCGCUCUUAUGCCUUAUAAUUUUUCAAAGCUGGAGCAUAUUCCACUCCGUGGGGUGGCAUCUUUCCCUGGCGGUGGAGUACCGUGUCAGGGGCUGUGCGGCAGGAUACCCGCGCGUCACUGUGGACGGCAUUUCCGGCAUGCAGCCAGCGGGGAUCACAUGUGGCGCCGCCGGCGGUUCCAUGCGCGUCGCCGUUGUCCGCCAUAGCCAACCUCCCCUCUUAAGCUACUGAUGCUCUAACGCACGCACCUAGGGUCUUCCUCUCUACUCGAUCCAUCUCUUCCAAGUCCAUGGGAGAAGCGGUCAUCGCAGCUCCCGGAGGAGAAUCCACUACUGUGUCUGAUGAGCACGAGCAGCAGCUGGGCGGUGACGCUGGAGCUGCGGCGGCGGACGAAUUGGGUCACAAUGGAUCGGCGGCGGCGGCGGGAGCGGCGCCAGGAGGCGGUGGCGUUGGCGGAGGAGCUAGCGGCGGCGGCGGCGGCGGCGGCGGUGGAGGAGGAGAUCUAUGGCCGACGGCGGUGGUGAACAGCCUCAUCGACCAGUUCGAGGACAUCAAGGUCAUCAAGCUCAACAUGGGUAACCUCCGCAGCCAGCACUGGCGCGAGAUCGCCGACACCUUGAAUUCCACCUUCCAGACGAGCUACGAUUGGAAGCAGUGCAAGAACAAGGUGGAUCUUCUCAUCCGCCUCUACAAGAAGUCAAAGCUCCGGAUGAUCCAGGCGGACGUCCCCCCGACCUGGCGCUUCUUCGACCGCAUGGACUCCAUCCUGGGCAGGACUUUCAAGCUCUCCUCCGCCGCGCUCGCCACCGGGAACUCCAAUUCCAAGAGGAUCGCCGCCGCCAUCCACAGCAACAACGCGGACGCCGCCACCACCGCCAGGAACUGCUCGUCGCCCACCAACCUGGACCCCGACGACGACGACGACGAUGACGACGAGCCACCCGGCCAUGGAGGCGCUUGCGGCGGCACUGACGGUGGCGACGCUGGAGAAGAAGGUGGCGGCGAUGAGGACGACGACCAGCAGCACACGACCGUCUCGUCGCCCAGGACGACGAGCGAGCGGGCCGACGAGAUCGACUUCCGGGCUGUAGCGGCGGCGGCGUCGGUGAGGAAGAAGAGCAAGAAGUCGGGCAGGAGCUCCACGUCGUCGGCCAUCAACCUGCUGGUGGGAGCUCUCAAUCACUACACGCAGGCGUUCGAGCGGUGCAAGCAGCUCGAGGUGGAGGCGCAGCUCAAGAUGAGCCAGGAGAGCCGGGCCUUCCAGCUCCAGAUCGCCGAGAUGCAGCUCGAGGUGACCAAAGAGAUCGUCCGGGUCAUCGGUAAGAGGCGGCGAGGCUGCUGAUGCCAUGAUCUGGUGGAUGAUCUCCUCAUUUAUCUGUAUAAUUCUGCUCCCUUGUCUGUAAUACCAUUGUUCCUGACUUCCAUUC